AUGAGGAUGCACUCACACGCCCUGCUCGUCCUCCUCUUCUGCUCUCUCCUAGUCCUCGUCGGCCCGGCCAACGCCGAGCCCUCUCCGGACCCGACCUACAAGGACUGCCACCCGGGCGACAAGGCAGCGCUGCUCGCCGUCAAGGCCGCCCUCGGGGAGCCCUACCUCUUGUCGGGGUGGAUACCUGAUCGCCCCUGCUGUGACUGGAACGGCGUCUCCUGCGACCACUUCACCGGCCGAGUAGUCAGCCUCGCCGUCUUCCAGGACGCCAACAUCACGGGCACCAUCCCCAGCGCCCUCGCUGGCCUCCCCCACUUGCAGGACCUCACCCUGCGCCACCUCCCAUUGCUGUCGGGCCCUAUACCGCCGGCGAUCGGCAAGCUCUCCAACCUCUCGAGCCUCCGCAUCUCCUGGACGGCCGUGUCGGGGCCCGUUCCAUCCUUCCUGGGCGCGCUCAAGAAGCUCACCUUCCUCGAGCCCUCCUUCAACUCGCUCACCGGGGCCAUCCCGGCGUCGCUGGGGGCCAUCCCCAACCAGUCCGGCAUCAACCUCAGCCGCAACCGCCUCACGGGCGCCAUCCCGAUGUUCCUCAGCAAGUCUGCGGACCAGGUCUACCUCUGGCUGUCGCACAACAACCUCAUGGGCCCCCUCCCGGCCGGCUUCGCCGCCGUGAACUUCACGCACUUCGACCUGUCGCGCAACGCCCUGACCGGCGACGCGUCGGGCCUCUUCGGCCGCGGGAAGGAGUUGCAGUACAUGGACCUGUCCCGCAACGACUUCAAUUUCGCCCUAUCAGCCGUGGUGCUCCCGGAGCAGAUCUACACCGUCGACCUGAGCCACAUUGCCAUCCAUGGCAUCAUCCCGGCGCAGGUCGCGAGCGCCGCCAACCUGAAUUUCUUCAACGUCAGCUACAAUAGGCUCUGCGGCCGCGUGCCGACCGGCGGGAACAUGGCGAGGUUCGAUCUCUACAGCUUCCAGCACAACAAGUGCCUCUGCGGUGCUCCCCUACCUCCAUGCAAGAAGUAA